GGCUUAAUCCUUACGAACAAAGCAGCAUGGAGACGCCAAAAUCGCUAACCACGAAUCGACUGGGGCGCGUGCACGAGGAUUCUCCGACACUUUCGAGUCGAAAGAAAGCCCUGUUUGGUCGUGAUAACAACAAGGAUGACACGGAUUUGGGUCCAAUGACACCGAUCCGGUUCAGGAGCGAACGCAAGGACACCAGAAAGUCUAAUCCCCCGACGCACAAUAUCAACUCAUUCCGGAAUCUGUUUGGCAAUGAAUCUCCCGAGAGCGAUCGUUCGCUUUCGCCAGACUUUAUGCUACGGUUCACCAACAACGGUCGCUACGAGCUGCUUCCGGCAGAUCCGGACAAAGAGAAUCGACUCGUUGACGAAGAAACGCGGUUCUCGUUUCACAGUAUCCCCGAGACACCCUCGAGCAGUAGGCUGAGCGCCGAAGAGAACGCCCAGCUCGAUGAAAGCAAUUCCAACUCGCUUUCGCUGCUCAUGAGCUCGGAUUUGAAUCUGAUCGACAAACGGACUAAACCGUAUGUCCUUCGAACACCCAGCGUAAGCGUACGCUCCAGUGAGGCUAAACCAACGCACGUACGAUCGCUUGGGCCAGCGAUGCGCCGAACAACACGCCCUUUGCCGUUCCAGGAGCAUAACGAUACGGCAAAACAAAAUGAUGGUGCCACAACACGAUCCAAGGCGGCUUGUUCAUCACCGUCACCCUGGCGAUCGGGCAUCGGUAGCGAUCAGGAAAAUGAAAUACCGGCCAAUAAGCGGUCAGGCCGCGCCCGGACGUCCCUUCAGUUCAACAAUGUGCAACCGAUUUCGACUAAAUCAUUCUAUUCCUCAUCCUCGGCGGCGGCAAUUACGGAAAGACCGAAAACACCACAUCCGCCUGUCGGCUCAGCGAUGAGCACCACACCGCCAGCACAACCGCCAUCAAGCAAAUCAACCAGUAAAACUCCUCACAAAACUCCCCACAAGACACCGCACAAAAGCACGAUGCGCAAGCGCUCGAAAUCCUUCUCCUCCACUGCACCCCGGCUGGGACAGCGCGGAGUAUGCCAUAAGAUCCGGAAGCCAUCAUUGAAAAAACCAUCGCCACCGAAACCCGAACAAAGCAAACCGGCCAAACAACCGGGCGCCACCAGCAAGAAAGAACAGAAAAGGAAUUCCAAGCCACGAAAGGAACGUGCCAUCGCUGGUGGUACCAAGAGCUGCCCGACAACACCGAAAAGUCGCACGAUCGAGGAGGAUCAAGCGUCGGCGGCCGAGCUGUCGGUCCAGAUGGCACGUGUGGCCGAUUUGUUGCGUGUCGGCCAGCAGAACCUCAAGCGUGCCCGUCCACUGUCGCUGACACGCUCGAUGACGGAUUUGAGCACACUGUCCGCUGCUGCGUCCGAUUUCUCCGACGCUUCCGAAGACGAAGACGAUGGAACGGAUGGUGGUGAGGAGCAGGGCAGCCGUAAAUUUUUCCGCUCCGGUGACAGGAAGCGAUCGACGAAGAAGGUGUACAACCAUUUCAACUCCAUUUCUCUGACCGUGCGGAGCGGUGGCAAAAGAAAACUGUCCAGCUUUCCGGCCGCUCCCAAACGGCAGCGGAUGGACUUUGACAAGGACGCUUCGUUCGACUUUGAGCUAGAGCAGCUGGAAGUGGACGAUUUGAUCAAUCGGCUCGAUCAAGGCUACAGUGUGCUGUACGCCGAGCCGGAAAAAUUCGAAACACCCAGUGUUCCGGCCGACGAUACCGACGAUGAUCCGAUCCCGUUACAACCGAACAUCAUCUACGUUCCACCGGGUGAGCUCGAAAUGAGCGAUACAGUGGAUGAAAUGGAUUGUGACUGCAAAACACUCGAGACUGAUCCUGGCCCGCAAAUGGUCAUCAUACAACAUGAACCUCCCCGUGGCGUCACCCAACCGGAGCUCAGUGAGGAUCUGCUCAAUGCAAUGAUCGUCGAUAAUGCGUGCGAUAUCCCGCAUCAAUUCAGCGAAUCUCAUGAUGAUUCUUCACGUGGUUCCUGCUCCUCCGGAGACCCCAACAACCAGUACUAUCCCAUAUUCUACAAGGAUCAGGUGAAGGAGAUAUGGAAGGGUCAGCAAGUGGCGGAAAACAAACACGCCGAUGUGUUCCACGUGCUCCGUGAAACGCGCACCAACGCUCACCGGCGUCACGGUACCGGGCACGAUCAGUACCAGAUAGAUGCGGGCCAACGGGCGUACGGAGCGAUCCGGUGCACCGACUGUGGUCUCGUUUACUCACGCCACGAACCGGAGGAGGAGCUCAUCCACGACAACUUUCAUCGAUCGCAAGCUAAGCUCGUGUUUGGUGGAUGGACAAACGAACGCCUUGUGGCGGCUGUACCCGAGUGGGACGUUACGGGGCGAAUACUCUCCGUCGAACACACCGACAGCAAACACUGGCUCACUAAAGUGCAGCAGGUGCUGGAGGUGGUGGACACCGAGCUGGGCUACGCGACGCACGGUGAACUCCCGGAUGGUGCCUGGUGCGUGUACCUAGCCGUGGCGCGCUCCACAAUCCUCGGUAUCUGCGUGGUGGAAUCACUCCAAUCGGCCAAUCGGAUGAUCAGUAUCGCCGGGCUGCACGGUUCAUCGAUCGAUUGCUAUUCAUCCGAGUACUAUCCCGCCAGGUGCGGAGUGUCACGCAUUUGGGUAUCGCCGAAAUACAGACGCCUGGGCGUUGGCCGUAAGCUAAUCGAUGCCAUCCGGACGCACUACAUACUGGGCUUCCCGCUGGCCCGCGACGACAUCGCCUUCGGUGCACCGACGGAAAAUGGAAAACUGUUCGCCGAGUCAGUGACCGGACGGAAGGAUUUCCUUGUCUACCUUUAAGCGGCCAACCGUUUUCAAUCUAUUUCUGGUCUUAUUUGUUUGUUUUGUCUUUAGCAGUGUUUUUUUCCCCUGAUAGUAAAUAAUAAACCGCAUUCCCGGGGUGGCCAUUUCGGUCCAUGGUUCCCCUUUUUCUUAA